AUAGUGAAAAUAUAAAUAAAAUGAUAAAUUAAUGAAGUAGUGAUUUCUUCUUAUACCGAGUCUCAUAGCAAUAGUGAUACGAACGAACAACCCUUCAAAAUUUCUUCCCAAAUUCAACAAAUCAACACAACUAUAAUCAUAAUCUUCUUUCUCAAAUUCUCUUCAUUCCCAACGAUUUCGAUUCUACUACUCAGCUUCACUUUGUGGGUAGUUUUUGUGAAUGGAAGAUAAGGGUAUGGAUCAAAAUGAAGAUGAAUGUCGCAAUGAAGGUGAAACUAACAACAAACAAGAUGAUGAGGAAGCUGUUGCUCACCUCGAAGAAAUCAAGAAAUCGAUCGAGGCAAAAAUGGCUUUACGUCAAACCAAUUUGAAUCCCGAGAGGCCUGACACAGGAUUUUUUAGGACCUUGGAUUCCAGCAUUAAACGCAACACUGCAGUUAUUAAGAAACUGAAGCAGAUUAAUGAAGAGCAGCGUGAAUCACUGAUGGACGACUUGCGAAGUGUCAACUUAAGCAAAUUUGUUAGUGAAGCAGUGGCAGCUAUAUGUGAGGCAAAACUUAGGAGUUCUGAUAUACAAGCAGCAGUUCAGAUAUGCUCUUUGCUUCAUCAAAGGUACAAGGAUUUUGUGCCAACUCUGAUUCAAGGACUUCUCAAAGUCUUCUCUCCUGGAAAAUCUGGUGAUGAAACAGAUUCAGACAAAAACUUAAAGGCAAUGAAGAAGCGCAGCUCUCUGAAACUUCUAUUGGAACUUUUUUUUGUUGGGGUUAUUGAAGAUGGUGGUAUUUUUAUCAGUAUCAUAAAAGAUCUUACCAGUGUGGAACAGCUGAAAGACCGGGAAGCUACGCAAACAAGUUUGACCCUUCUUUCUAGCUUUGCUCGGCAAGGAAGAAUUUUUCUAGGACUUUCUGUUACUGGGCCAGAAAUUCAUGAAGAGUUUAUGAAAGGCCUCAACAUCACGGCAGAUCAAAAGAAAGUUAUCAGGAAAGCAUGUUAUUCGUUUUAUGAUACUGCAGCAGAACUACUUCAGUCUGAGCAUUCUUCACUUCGAUUAAUGGAGCAUGAAAAUUCUAAGAUUUUGAAUGCAAAAGGAGAGCUAAGCGAAGAAAAUCUCUCUUCAUAUGAAAAACUUCGUAAAUCCUAUGACCAUUUGUACCGUAAUGUCUCAUCAUUAGCUGAAGCACUUGAUAUGCAGCCUCCUGUAAUGCCAGAGGAUGGCCACACAACAAGGGUUACUAGUGGUGAGGAAGCUGUUUCUUCUGCUGCUGGGAAAGAUUCUUCUGUUGUUGAACCUAUAUGGGACGAUGAAGACACCAGAGCUUUUUAUGAAUGUUUACCUGAUCUUAGAGCUUUUGUUCCUGCUGUGCUUUUGGGAGAAACGGAGCCAAAAGUUAAUGAGCAAUCUGUGAAGGGUCAAGACCAAUCAACCGAAAUAUUACCUGAAUCAGACAAAAGUCAACUGGUCACCCUUGAUAGUGGAGAGGUCUCCACAGAAUCUAGCGUUUUACCUGAGGGAGAAAGCUCAGAGAUAGUGAAUGAUAAAGAAGAAAAAGAAAAGUCUAAAGAGUUGGACAGAGACAAGGAAAAAGAAAAAGAAAAAGAAGGUGAAAAAAAGGGGGAACAUGAAAAAGAAAAACUCAGAAGUCUUGAAGGAACAAAUUUGGAUGCUCUAUUGCAGAGGCUUCCGGGUUGUGUGAGCCGGGACCUUAUAGAUCAAUUAACAGUAGAGUUCUGUUAUCUAAAUUCAAAAUCAAAUCGGAAAAAGCUUGUGAGGGCUUUGUUCAGUGUACCAAGGACUUCUCUAGAACUGCUAGCGUAUUACUCACGCAUGGUUGCCACACUCUCAACUUGUAUGAAGGAUGUCUCCUCCCUUCUAUUGCAGAUGUUGGAGGAGGAAUUCAACUUCUUAAUAAAUAAAAAGGACCAGAUGAAUAUUGAGACAAAGAUCAGGAAUAUCAGGUUUAUUGGAGAACUUUGCAAGUUCAAAAUUGCCCCUGCUGGCCUGGUCUUCAGUUGUUUGAAGGCCUGUUUAGAUGAUUUUAGUCAUCACAACAUUGAUGUAGCUUGCAACCUUCUUGAAACAUGUGGCCGUUUUCUGUAUCGGUCUCCAGAAACUAGUAUACGUAUGGGUAACAUGUUGGAGAUACUGAUGCGCUUGAAAAAUGUUAAAAACUUGGAUCCUAGACAUAGCACUUUGGUGGAGAAUGCAUACUACCUUUGCAAGCCACCUGAAAGAUCUGCACGAGUAGCUAAAGUCCGUCCUCCGUUGCAUCAGUAUAUCAGAAAGUUACUUUUCUCUGAUCUUGACAAGACGACCAUUGAGCAUGUGCUGAGGCAACUUCGUAAAUUACCAUGGAGUGAUUGUGAACUGUAUCUUUUAAAAUGCUUCAUGAAGGUUCACAAAGGAAAGUAUGGUCAGAUCCACCUGGUUGCAUCUCUUGCUGCUGGGUUAAGUCGCUAUCAUGAUGAGUUUGCUGUAGCUAUAGUUGAUGAGGUUUUGGAGGAGAUUAGAAUUGGGUUGGAACUAAAUGACUAUGGGAUGCAACAAAGACGCGUUGCCAACAUGCGAUUUUUAGGAGAGCUUUACAACUACAAGCAUGCUGACUCAUCUGUUAUUUUUGAGACAUUGUAUCUCAUUAUUGUCUUUGGCCAUGGAACACCUGAGCAAGAUGUACUCGAUCCACCUGAAGAUUUUUUCCGUAUAAGGUUGAUCAUUACUCUACUUGAAACUUGUGGCCAUUACUUUGAUCACGGCUCUUCUAAGAAAAAGCUUGAUCGGUUCCUGAUGCACUUCCAACGGUAUAUUUUAAGCAAAGGUGCACUGCCUCUGGAUGUUGAAUUUGACUUGCAGGAUCUGUUUGCGGACUUGCGUCCCAGUAUGGUUCGUUACACUUCUGUUGAUGAGGUGAAUGCAGCUCUAGUGGAACUUGAGGAGCACGACCGAAUAGUUUCUACUGAUAAGGCUAGUAGUGAAAAACAUUCUCACACUGAUAAGCCCUUAAGUAGGAGCACUUCCACCACGAUGGUCAGCAAUGGACAAAACAAUGAUAACGGCAUUGAGGAAAAUGGAGUGCAAGACAAUGUCAACGAAGGUGAGCAUGAUUCAGGGAGUGACGUAAUCGAUGCAGAAGGACAUGAUGAUGAAGAGUUGGAUGAGGAGAAUCAUGAUGAUGGGGGUGAGACUGAGGAUGACGAUGAGGAUGAGGACGGACCUGCUUCUGAUGAUGAAGAUGAAGUCCAUGUGAGACAGAAGGUGACAGAAGUCGACCCAUUAGAAGAAGCUGAUUUUGAUCAGGAGCUCAAGGCUGUCGUACAGGAAAGUAUGGAACAGCGACGACUGGAGCUACGGGGCCGUCCUACAUUGAACAUGAUGAUUCCAAUGAAUGUAUUUGAAGGAUCAGCCAAGGAUCAUCAUGGGAGAGGAACUGGUGGGGAAAGUGGUGAUGAAGCCUUAGACGAGGAUACUGGCGUAAGCAAGGAGGUUCAGGUGAAAGUUCUGGUGAAGCGUGGUAAUAAACAACAAACGAAGCAGAUGUACAUCCCCAGUGAUUCCUCACUGGUGCAGAGUACGAAACAGAAAGAAGCGGCUGAGCUUCAGGAGAAAGAAGACAUUAAGAGGCUUAUCUUGGAGUAUAAUGAUAGAGAAGAGGAAGAGCUUAAUGGAUUGGGGGCCCAACCUUCGAACUGGAUGCAAAGUGGAGGUAACAGGGUUGGUGGUCGUGGCAACUCUUUUGAAGGAACCAGUGGCAGGGGUGGUGGAUCACGGCAUCGGCAUCAUCACUACUAUACUGGCGGUGGGAUCUACUAUAGCAGAAGAAGGUGAAUGAUACUUGAGUGAAUGUGGAAGGCAGAUAUUUUAUGCCAUCUGCUUCCCUCCAGCAUGAUAGACAUUGAAAACAAAGUUCCUCAGAUAUUCAUGAUUAGUAAUGGCCUGGCCUCCUCUUGUGCUGCUCUCAUAUUCUAUUCUUCAAACACUUACUGGCAAGGACAAGUCCCUUAUCUUGUUGGUAAGUGGCGGUUUCAAGCAUGGUGGGUUGGUGAUGCAGGGUUUGUAGAGUGUUGUGCACACUAUCUUGGAUUCUUGACCAAGUUGACACGCAGGAUUGUAACAGGUGGAGUCCAGUAAUUAUAUCCUGGCCUCUAAACCAACCUCUUGUAUAGCUAGCUCUAUGUGGAGACAAAAUCACUAAGCAUGGUUUUGGUGGUUUUUACUUUUUCAAGUCGGCGAUGUCGGCUUGUAUCUUUUGAGGAAGAAUGAGUAGGCAAAAUUGUCUUGAAACCUUGUGAACGGGCCGAAAACUGUCAAACAUCAAAUUAAAGAAUCAACCUCUCAUGUCUUAGUCAUGGUUACUGAAUGUCUCCCAUGUAUGUUAUAAUUAUUAUCUGCAUAACAUUAUAGUUCAAAGAGUAAUUAUUGAUAGACUGGAGUAUGGAUCUAUUUGAUCCCAUACCCGUUGAAAGGGGUCUAGGUAUAGAUUGUACUGUAUUUAAAAACGUGGAUUUUCUCUUGUAGAAACUCUAGAUAAUGGUUUGAUCCCUCAAGAAUUAACUUAUUUGAGCGUGAAGUGUGAUGUUAAUAUGGUUACUUAACUGAUUUGAGUUUCUGCUGAUAUUUAUAUUUAUGUCAUCAUUCUUUUUUGGAAUGAGUA